AUGUACGUUCACUGCAAAGAAGGCACGGGACGCAGUGUGGCGGUGACCUUGUGUUGGCUCGUGGCUGCUCGUGAAAUGGAUUCUUUAGCGGCACAAGAGUAUCUGAGUGGGAAACGCCACGUGCGCAAAGUCGCUUUACUUGCAUCCAGAUGGAUGGAGUGCUGCCAAGGAGAAGGAAAAAAACUCUGGAUUCUGUCCGAUCAGAAACUUCGCGUCGAGAACGUCAAUGCGUUGCUGGAUAUCCACAUGGCGAACUUUGAACGGUACAUGAUCGAGAAAAUGAAGUUGGCGCGCUCGCAUUCGUUUUACCAUGCAAAAGGCCUGGGACUCUUUGCGGUGCCAUGUCAAUCUAUUGCAAAGCUUUACACUGCCAACGUAGGACAUCUGAAAGGGGCAGCGCAAGUGAGGCACAAGCGAGCCCGAAGAUAUAGUAGAAAAGCAAGGUGCAUGCUGGAGAGGCGGGGCAAAGAAAAGGAGUUCAAGGACGUGACGGGCGUCAUGGAAGGCGUGCAGUCGUACUUUGACCGAGACGUGAGCUCCUGCUGUACCGCAUUGAGCGUCGACGGUACAAGGAGCUACGGCAGAAACAGACGGAGAGUGUGCCGCUUGUAUCCACCCCUGGGUGGGGAUCUUGUCCACUUUGAGUCGCACAUCGCUUUGACUACACCUACGAAAUCCCCUCAAGUCCUGGCAGAUCUGGGCACUCGCAACUCUCGUACUCUAUGCUGCGUUCCAACUGCAUCUGUUGCCCAAGCAGCAGCCCAAGUCGCAGCCCAAGUCGUAGCUCAAGUAUUCUUUUUCCUGACGUGGCCACUCACGUACUUAUCGCAACGUCAGAAGUACUGGACGCUGGUGGACUCGCAUGUCCUGCUGGGAGCAGCGUCCACAGCUUUUCUGCCUCAUGUUGACGCUCCAGCAGCUUGUGGGGUUGAUGCAGUUGUCAAUCUACGUGAUGAGUACGCAUGCCCUAUGGAGCAGUACAAGAGACACCACAUCCAGCAGCUUCAACUGCCGACAGUUGACCACUUUUCGCCUUCACUUGAGGCAUUAACAGCAGCUGUUGCGUUCAUUUAG